GUCAUUUUCACACUCCUGUUCCUCCGCUGCUACUAACACCACUAGCACUGCGCCUAGCACCAGUAUGUUAGCACGGUGCAGUUUAUAUAAAGUUAUGCAUGCACCACAACUGGUCCUUUCCUUUCAUGAGGACCCUGCAUAAAGUGGAGCGUGGAACCUGGCGUAAUGAGCUCCCAACCAAAGGAGAGGAAGGGAAGCAGUAUUGGCGGAAAUCCAAGGCUAGCAAUAAAGGACCCCAGACUUAUUCUGGACAAAGGGUACGUCCGAGAUGGCAUCUUGUACCUGUCAACGUUUCUCAGAGAGCGUGGCUUUGAAGGCGCGUGCACGGGGAAGGAGCUCAAGCAGCCAAGCACGCUAACCGUGUUCAAUAUUUUCAAGUUCUUGAUACGCCGUGGACUGCCACGUCAUGAGAUGGCUAAGCUGGAUGAGGUCCUAUCUCUGCUCAUUGUUCUUGGGUAUCCCUGCAAAAUCAACAAAAGCUGGCUGACGGCCGUUGGUAGCCCUCACGCCUGGCCUCAUCUUUUGGCUGCUAUGCGGUGGCUUUGUCACUCUAUUGAGUCGGAUGAGCUAUCUGAUUCGUGCGAGGCUGCCGUGUUUGCCAGUAGCAGUGAUGACAUCACCAUGUUUCCCGGCGAGGACGAGGGAAAGCCCCCUGCACAGCGUCGGCAAGAGUUCCACGCCGAGUCGUAUGAGGCAUUCAUGGAGCACGGCGAGGUGGAGCUGGAGGGCAGUGAUUACAAGCGCCAGUGUGAUUUGAAGGAGAAUCAGCUACUUCAAAAUAUUAGAGACGUGGACAUCACAAUGGACAAAUGCCAGCGUGACAUUCAGGAGGCAUCAGCUGAUCCGUCGCCAUUGCAGAGAGUGCAAGAAGAGGUGCGGCGUUUGGCCGCGGACAAACACAAGUUUGAAGUGCUGAUUCAACAGCUUGAGGGGAAGACUCACCAGGAAUCGAUUGCCAUACAGCAGAAAACAGAGCAGCUGCAAGACGAGGAGCGAUUGUUUGGAGUGUUAGAGGCUGAGCGACUAGAGCUUGAGAAACGCGUUGCAUCACAGCCGCUGUCUUUGGACGACGUGCAGCUACUAACCGCAGAGAAUGAGCAGCUGUGCGCCGAGCGACGAGACUUGCGACACAAGCUCAGUAACCUGGAGAAGGAGACAUGGCAGGCGGAGAUGGAUUCCAACAAACUGGAGAAGGCCCUGGUUGAGGAAAAGCAGCAGAUUCUUGCGUCUGGGUUUGACUUUGCCAACAAUAAAUUUGCAUCCAUUCAAGAUCAGCUGCUGGUGGAUGAGGAUGCACUGCGACGUCAGCGUCUCACAUUGCAAGGAGAGAUGGAUAAACUACGUCAAAUGGUCAUCAAACAGCAGGAGUUUGUCUCAACGCUGGAGAGUGACAUGCAGCUAGACCAGGCUACCAACAAGCGGAAGUUGCAGCAACUGGAGGACGAGUAUCAGCGUGAACUGGCGCGAUCUGAGCAGUUUCGUAUUGCGCUGCACUCUCGACUGGAGAGCAAAGGCGAAGGUCAGCGUCUGGCUGACGCACAGGAUGCUCUGCGGCAGGCCCAAAGCAGGCUGGAGCAGACCAAGCUGAGGUGCCGCACCGAGCUCAAAGAAAAGGAGGAGUUCUUGAAAGCGGCGAUGAGCAAGAUCGCUGAGCACAUAGGGCUGUACGAGAACCGGGUCAUUGCACGCCUUCAAGGAUAACUGCUGCGCCGAGCAACAUGUUUUCAUACAACUCUUAUGUGUUUCUAGUGAAGACCUUCUGGUGUGUGUGUAUGUAUGUAGCAAGCGGCAGGUAGACAACACUGGCUUGAAUUAUAUUUGAUAUUCAUCUAGAAUUGUUGUUUUGAAAUUUUCUGUAUCCCAGA